AUGUGUGGACGAGGUAACAAGGUAUUAAAGGAAGUUGGUGUGGGGUCUCCGCCGCUGUUUCCGCUCCUGAGCGAGGCGAAGAAAUUGAUGGCAGCACGGAGCAUUCCUACAGUGAACUACCUUGGCGAUGUCACGUUCCUAAUGGAGAGGAUAUUGCAGCGGAAUCGUCAGGAAUCUGAAACCUAUGAGGCGAAGCUGUUUAUUGUGGGUUCCUCAGCCAAUGGAUUUGGAUGGGAUCGAAGCGAUGUUGAUUUGUGCCUUGUGAUUCCACCACAGGAGUUGCCGAGCAAGACAGGUACUAAGACGGUGCUGCGUAAACUCCGUAAUCUAUUGCCCCAGAAGUGUUCCCUCACAAGGUGUGAACUGAUUCCCGCUAUUGUGCCAAUUCUUAAGUUUCGUGACCAAUGGUCGGGUAUCGAGUGCGAUUUGAACGUCAACAAUGUGGUGGGCACUUACAACACCCAUCUUCUCGCCAUGUACGCUCGAGUGGACCCUCGGGUGCCUGCACUUGGCACGUUUGUGAAGCACUGGGCUCAGAGGAUGGGCAUCCAUGGUGGUAGUAAGAGGAGGCUGUCCACAUAUGCUCUGCUGCUGAUGGUAAUCCAAUACCUGCAAUGUGGAUGCUCGCCUCCUGUUGUACCGAAUCUGCAAGCUCGUUUCCCCAAGACCUUCGAACACAAUCGUGCAGUGGAGAAAGUGGAUAUGGAUUUAGAGCUGCCAUGGAACGAGUUGCGCAGUGCCAACAGGUCCAGGUUAGGCAAGCUCUCUGUCGGCUUUAUCGCCUACUAUGCAAACUUUGAAUUUGCCCAAUGGGCCAUCUCGAUUCUCAAUGGUCGGCCCUUGGCUGCGAAUGUGGCAAUUCAGCAUCUUCUUUUUAUCGAACAAGCCUUCAAGAUCCUCGUUGAAGAGCCUUACAAUAAAGGCAAUGUUGCCCACACCGUCUGUGAUGAGGCAGUGUUUGGAAAAAUUCGCCGCGCUUUCACUCGCACAGAUGAGGUUUUGCGAGCGCAAAAGUCCCUGAAGUUUCUCUAG